GAAGACUAUCAAGCUCUAUAUUUGUUUCCCAUUUAUAAUAUAGCACAGUCACAAUUUCAUAAGGGCAUGGCAUUCAUUUCCUCUGUGCCAACAAUGGCUGCAGUUGUUACUCCUACUCCUAAAACACUUGCUCACUGCUCUUCUCUAAUCCGUAGAAAUUCUUCCACAGGCAUCAAUAAGUGUUGGGCCGGUUCUCGCCUUUCUGUUCCAAUAAAGGCCGCAGCUGUUAUUAGUACGACAUAUGAUGACAGUUCUGAGCUAAGUCGGAGCAGUUUCCCGGAAGGUUUUGUUUUUGGUACUGGCUCCUCCAAUUACCAGUAUGAAGGUGCUGUAAGUGAAGGCGGAAGAGGAAAAGGUACAUGGGAUAUAGCUUCCCAUACACCAGGACGUGUAAAGGAUGGAAAGAAUGCAGAUAUAGCUAUUGAUCACUAUCAUCGCUAUAAGGAAGAUGUUGCAAUCAUGAAGUAUAUGAAUACAGAUGCAUACAGAUUCUCCAUAUCUUGGCCAAGGAUAUUGCCAAAUGGAAAACUAAGUGGCGGUAUAAACCAAGAAGGAAUCAGAUUUUACAACAAUCUGAUUGAUGAGCUACUUGCUAAUGGUCAAAUACCAUAUGUAACCCUUUUUCAUUGGGAUCUGCCCAACAUCUUACAAGAGGAGUACGAAGGAUUCUGCAGCCCAUAUAUUAUAAAUGAUUUUAAGGACUUUGUGGAGAUAUGCUUCCAAGAAUUUGGAGAUAGAGUAAAGCAUUGGGUUACUUUUAAUGAGCCAUUCUCUUAUUGUUUGAGUACAUCACAUCGUUACAAAGCCACACACAACCAACUUCUUUCUCAUGCAGCUGUUGUCGAAUUGUAUAAAACCAAAUAUCAGGAUUCUCAAAACGGUGUAAUAGGCAUUGGAUUAAACUCUCACUGGUUUAAACCGUACUCAACAGACCCAUUAGAUCAACAAGCCACCGAACGCGCCCUUGAUUUCAUGUUUGGAUGGUUUAUACAGCCACUGACAACCGGAGAGUAUCCAGCAAACAUGGUGUCUUUCGUGAAAGAUUUACCAAAGUUCACUGAAGAGCAAUCUAAAAGUCUUAUUGGGUCAUAUGAUUUUAUUGGAAUCAAUUACUACACCACCAUGUAUGCUGCCAAUGCAACGGAGGCAUUAAUUUUAAAAACUAAAUCUAAAUCGGGCGGUGCCGCCGGCGUCAAUAGUGUUUUCAAAAGUUUUAAUGUCGUUUUAACAGAUGAGAAUCAUGAUGGGACGCCCGUUGGACCAAGGGCUGCAACUUGGUUAUAUGUUUGUCCAAAGGGGAUUCAGGACCUACUGUUGUACACAAAGGAAAAGUAUAACAAUCCUACGAUUAUCAUAACAGAAAAUGGUAUGAACGAGGACAAUGAUUCAACGCUGUCACUCGAAGAGGCGCUCAUGGAUACUAACAGAAUUGACUACUAUUAUCGUCAUCUAUAUUAUGUUUCUUCUGCAAUCAGGCGUGGUGUGAAUGUGCAAGGAUAUUUUGCAUGGUCCCUUUUGGACAACUUUGAAUGGAGUGACGGAUACACCGUGCGUUUUGGAAUUAACUUUGUUGAUUAUGAGAAUGAUCUUAAAAGACACCCUAAGCUCUCUGCCCGUUGGUUUAGGAAAUUUCUUGAAAAACCUCAGAAUUAGAGCUUGAUGUAUGUAAUCAUGACCACCAAUAAAACAAUAUGAGUUUGGUCAUUAAUCAAGAGAAACUAUAAUCUUGCAUUGGUUUUCUUUCUGGGAGCUUCUACGGUGCA